AUGUCUUCUCCCCGGCAGGUCUAUCUGCUACCUCUCAAGGAUGAUGGCUCUCCAGACGUUCCGGGAGGCUACAUCUAUCUCCCCGCACCCUCCGACCCGUCCUACCUUCUCCGCUUCGUGAUCGAGGGGACAAGCUCGAUUUGCAGGGAAGGUCAAUUGUGGGUAAACAUCCCAGAAGAUGGUCACCCAUUUGAUCGGUCUGCUUUCCGCAGCUUCAGACUCUCUCCGGACUUCAACAAGAAUAUUCAAAUCGACGUUCCCAUCACCUCUCCCGGUUCUUUUGCCUUCUACGUGACCUUCUCUCCGCUUCCUGAGUUCUCGGUUUCUCAGACUGCAACUCCGGAGCCGACAAGAACCCCAACUUACUACAUUGACGUCUCGCCAAAACUGACCCUCCGCGGUCGCGAUCUGCCACUCAAUGCUCUUUCCAUUUACUCGGUCAUCUCCAAGUUCUUGGGGAAAUAUCCUACAGAUUGGGAUAAGCAUCUUAACGGUAUUAGCCAGCGCAACUACAACAUGAUCCAUUUUACGCCUCUGAUGAAACGCGGAGACUCCAACUCGCCGUACAGUAUAUUUGACCAGUUACAGUUUGAUGAUGCUGUGUUUCCCAACGGGGAGGCAGACGUCGCUAACCUGGUCACGAAGAUGGAAGAGAAGCACGGUCUCUUAUCCCUGACGGAUGUUGUAUGGAAUCACACCGCCAACAAUAGCAAAUGGCUUGAGGAACAUCCAGAAGCUGGCUACAGCGUUCAGACUGCACCAUGGCUGGAAUCUGCCUUGGAGCUGGACAAUGCCUUGUUGAAGUUCGGAGAAAAUCUUGCUUCUCUCGGGUUGCCGACUGACUUCAAGUCAGUGGACGAUCUUGUCGCCGUCAUGAAUGCAGUUCGUGAGCAUGUCAUCCACAAACUCAAGUUAUGGGAGUUUUACGUCGUCAACGUUGCUGCGGAUACACAGAAGGUCAUUCAGCAAUGGCAAACUUCCAAGAGCAUCGACAUAACGAGCGAUGAGUGGUCGCAUCACAAGCUGAAGGAUUUCGGCAGUUGGACUCUGGAAGAACAAGCGAUCUUCGUCCGUGAAAAAGCUAUUCCGACAUCCAAGAAACUUCUUGGCCGGUACAGCAGAGCGAUUGAGCCGAAGUUUGGAGCAGCGAUACUGACUGCACUGCUCGGUCCCUCGGAUGCUGCGAAUUCUGAUACCACUGCGGCCGAGAAAGCUAUCUCAAAACUCCUCGAUGAGGUAAAUCUGCCUUUCUACAAGGAAUACGAUGCGGAUAUUGCGGAGAUCAUGAAUCAGCUCUUCAAUCGGAUCAAAUACCUUCGGAUCGACAGUCAUGGACCUAAGCUUGGCCCAGUCACGGAGCGAAGUCCACUUAUCGAGACGUACUUUACGAGGCUGCCGUCGAAUGAUACCACUAAGAAGCACGAUAGCAGGGCUCUGGCUCUGGUCAAUAACGGCUGGAUUUGGAACGCUGACGCGCUGCGGGACAAUGCUGGGCCUUUUUCCAAAUCGUAUCUCCGUCGAGAGGUCAUUGUUUGGGGUGACUGUGUGAAAUUGAGAUAUGGAUCCUCUCCUGAAGAUAAUCCCUUCCUCUGGGAAUUCAUGACUAAAUAUACCCGACUCAUGGCUAAAUAUUUCUCGGGUUUCCGCAUUGAUAAUUGUCAUUCUACGCCGUUGGUAGUGGCAGAAUAUCUUCUGGAUGAGGCACGAAAAGUUCGGCCCAACCUCACAGUGUUUGCAGAACUAUUUACUGGCUCAGAAGAGGCGGAUUACAUCUUCGUCAAGCGACUUGGUAUCAACGCUCUCAUUCGCGAGGCAAUGCAAGCCUGGAGCACCGGAGAGCUUAGCCGACUUGUGCACCGCCAUGGAGGCCGUCCAAUUGGAAGCUUUGGGGUUGAUGUUCCUGCGUCCGGAAGUAGUCAUGCUAUAGCUUCAUCCGGGAUCGACAGUGGGAAGGAGAAGGUCUCUCACAUUCGCCCCAAUCCUGUGCAAGCUCUUUUCAUGGAUUGUACUCAUGACAACGAAAUGCCGGCCCAGAAGAGGACAGCGAUAGACACGCUUCCCAAUGCAGCUCUAGUAGCUAUGUGCGCCUCGGCCAUCGGAAGCGUCAUCGGAUACGAUGAAAUCUACCCCAAGCUUGUCGACCUUGUUCAUGAGACUCGUCUGUACUCAUCAAAGUUCUCGGAGUCCUCCAAGGUUGAUUUGAACUCGCUCGAAGGAGGUAUUGGUGGCAUCAAGAAACUCCUCAACGAACUACAUACUGUCAUGGGCUCAGAGGGAUAUGACGAGACUCACAUUCAUCACGAUGGAGAGUACAUCACGGUUCACAGGGUACAUCCGAAAACGCGGAAGGGAGUUUUCCUGAUCGCCCACACAGCGUUUCCAGGGCAAGAUAGUAAAGCGAUACUGGCACCCACCCGCCUGGUCGGUACUCGAGCAAAGCAUAUUGGCACGUGGCGGCUGGAGGUUGACUCGAGUGAGAGUACUAGGAAGGAAGUGUCAGAGGACAAAUCCUACCUACGGGGCUUACCCAGCCAAGUUCAUGCUAUCGAAGGCACAAAGGCCGAACAAGACGGCAACGACACAGUCAUCUCAGUUCUGGAGUCGCUUGUUGCCGGAUCUAUCUCCCUCUAUGAAACUUCCAUUCCCAGCGCUGAGCAUGCGUCUGGGCUUGAUGUUCAUAUUACGGAGGGAGUAGACGAUGCUUUUGGAAACCUUAGCUUGGUUGAUCUCAAUUUUGUGCUUUAUCGCUGCGAAGCAGAGGAGCGAGAUUCUAGCAAUGGCCAAGACGGGGUAUACAGCAUUCCAAACUACGGCUCUCUGGUCUAUGCGGGUCUUCAGGGUUGGUGGAGUGUACUUGAGAACGUCAUCAAGUACAACGAACUGGGUCAUCCUCUUUGCGAUCACUUGCGCAAUGGCCAGUGGGCUCUGGACUACAUUGUUGGAAGGCUCGAGAAGGUUGCUAAGACAGAAGGAUAUUCUGCUCUACACAAGCCUGCAGCCUGGUUGCGAGAGAAGUUUGAGGCUGUUCGCAGUCUGCCAAGCUUCCUACUUCCCAGGUAUUUCGCCAUCAUAGUUCAAACUGCCUACAACGCAGCGUGGAAGCGCGGCAUUCAGCUCCUCGGUGGCAAUAUACAGAAAGGACAAGAGUUCAUCCAUCAGCUGGGUAUGGUGAGUGUGCAGAUGACUGGAUAUGUCAAUUCUGCAUCCUUAUGGCCGAUAAAGAGGGUGCCUAGUCUCGCAGCUGGUUUGCCGCAUUUUGCUGUUGACUGGGCAAGAUGCUGGGGUCGCGAUGUUUUCAUCUCCCUGCGCGGGCUUCUACUCUGUACCAGUCGGUUUGAGGAUGCGAGGGAGCAUAUAUUCGCAUUUGCGAGUGUCCUCAAACACGGAAUGAUUCCCAAUCUACUCAGUAGUGGAAGACUACCACGGUAUAACUCUCGUGAUUCAGUCUGGUUCUUUCUUCAAUCUAUUCAGGACUACACCGUGAUGGCACCCGAUGGAAUCAAACUCUUGGACGAGAAAGUGCCCAGAAGGUUUCUUCCUUAUGACGAUACGUGGUUCCCAUUCGACGAUCCGCGAGCUUACUCAAAGCACUCAACUAUAUCCGAAGUGAUCCAGGAAGUGUUCCAACGACACGCUCUGGGCUUAUCGUUCCGGGAAUACAAUGCAGGGCCUGACCUUGACAUACAGAUGAAGCCGGAGGGGUUCGAUAUAAAUGUCCAGGUCGACUGGGAGACGGGCCUGAUCUUUGGUGGUAGUCAGUUCAACUGUGGAACAUGGCAAGAUAAGAUGGGAGAAAGCGAGAAAGCCAAGAACAAGGGAGUCCCUGGAACGCCGCGUGACGGAGCUGCCAUUGAAAUCACAGGUCUUGUAUACAGUGCAUUGAAGUGGGUAGCGGAGCUACACGAGCGGGGACUUUAUCAGCACUCUGGGGUCGAUCUUGGGGAAGGCAAGUCAGUGACUUUCAAGUCAUGGGCGGCAAAGAUCAAGGAGAAUUUCGAGCGCUGCUACUAUGUUCCACCUAAUCCGGAUGAGGAUGCCAAUUACGUUGUUGAUCGGAAUGUGGUCAACCGGCGUGGAAUCUACAAGGAUCUUUACAAAUCAGGAAAGCCAUACGAAGAUUACCAGCUUCGUUCAAACUUCCCGAUUGCCAUGACUGUUGCACCAGAUUUGUUCACGCCUUCGAAAGCACUGUCAGCCCUGGCACUUGCCGAUGAGGUCCUGGUCGGCCCGGUCGGCAUGGCUACUCUUGAUCCUUCUGACCUCAAUUACCGACCUUACUACAACAACUCCGAGGAUUCUGAGGAUUUCACUACCUCCAAGGGUAGAAACUAUCAUCAAGGUCCGGAAUGGGUGUGGCAGCGCGGAUUCUUCCUCCGUGCGUUCCUGCACUUUGAUCUAGCUCGCAGAACAACACGCGAGGAGCGAACUGAGGCCUACCAGCAGGUUACUCGACGACUAGAAGGCUGCAAAAAGGCUUUGAGAGAGAGUCCGUGGAGAGGUCUCACGGAGCUCUCGAACAAGGACGGUGCACACUGCGCUGACUCGUCACCCACGCAAGCAUGGUCUGCUGGAUGCCUGCUUGAUUUGUACUAUGAUGCUUCACAGUACACUCAGGAUGACAUGCCAGACCAUGUCCUUGACUAUGCUCACAAACGACCGACUACCCGCAUCUGGUAUGGACCACUCAAGCUGCGCUACCGGAAUGUGGAUGCUAUCGACUAUUACGAAGAGAAGCUGCGGAGGAUCGAUGAACAGAUCCAGCUUGCACGCCAAAAGGAGUACCCACCCACUGAGAUCGCAUUCGUCACGAUGGAGUCUAUUGCCGCCUCGCAGAUGGUUGUUCAGGCCAUCCUUGAUCCGCAGCCAAUGCAGCUUCUUGCUCGGUUGGCACCAGCUCCUGCCGAUGUUGUGUGGAAGAACACCUACAUACCUCGCUCGAGACGAAUGAUGCAAUCCUGGUCCAUUACAGUUGUCAUCGGCUUCCUGACGGUUUUCUGGUCUGUGCUUUUGAUUCCUGUGGCGUACUUGCUCGAGUAUGAGACGCUUCACAAGGUGUUCCCCCAGCUCGCGGAUGCUUUGUCACGGAACCCUCUUGCCAAAUCCUUGGUUCAAACUGGUCUUCCCACUUUGGUCCUCUCCUUGUUGACGAUCGCGGUGCCGUACCUGUACAGUUGGCUGUCGCAUCAGCAGGGCAUGAUGUCUCGCGGUGAUAUUGAGUUGUCCGUCAUUUCGAAGACCUUCUUCUUCUCCUUUUUCAACCUCUUCCUUGUCUUUACAGUGUUCGGGACUGCAACAACAUUCUUCGGUUUCUGGGAGAAUCUCAGAGAUGCAUUCAAGGAUGCCACCACCAUUGCCUUCGCACUGGCCAAGACGCUGGAGAACUUCGCCCCUUUCUACAUCAAUUUCCUGUGUCUACAAGGUAUAGGUUUACUCCCAUUUCGUCUUCUGGAGUUUGGGAGCGUGGCGAUGUAUCCCAUAAACUUUCUCACAGCGAAGACACCCCGCGACUACGCCGAGCUCAACACGCCCCCUGUGUUCAGCUACGGAUACUCUAUCCCACAGACAAUUCUCAGUUUAAUCAUCUGUGUGGUUUAUAGUGUCUUCCCCAGCUCGUGGUUAAUUUGUCUUUUCGGGCUGAUUUAUUUUACCAUCGGUAAAUUCAUCUACAAGUACCAGCUUCUCUAUGCCAUGGACCACCAACAGCAUUCAACCGGGCGAGCGUGGCCCAUGAUAUGUAGUCGUGUGCUGAUGGGCUUGAUCGUCUUUCAGCUCGCGAUGAUUGGUGUCCUGGCAUUGCGCCGAGCCAUCACCCGCUCUUUACUCAUCGUUCCCCUCUUGAUGGCAACUGUGUGGUUCAGCUAUUUCUUCUCGCGUAACUACGAGCCCCUGAUGAAAUUCAUCGCGCUGAAGAGUAUCGACCGUGAACGCCCUGGUGGAGGAGAUAUCUCGCCUUCUCCAUCGUCGACUUUCUCGCCGCCAUCUGGUCUCGAGCGUGAUGCCUUCCCGAUUCGAAUUGGUGGUCAAGAACUGGGACUCAGGCUCAAGAAAUAUGUGAAUCCGAGUCUCAUUUUGCCCCUCCAUGAUGCUUGGCUUCCGGGACGCAGCACAGCCCCAGGAUACCAGGAAGACUCUGGUGUCCAGGAGACGCCAAAUGUCGCACCCGACGAGAGUGUCUAA